AUGCCCCUCAGAUCGAUGCACUUCUUGUACGGCUCCAGUUCAAAACGGCUGUGCCACAAGGUCUGCUCUGACACUGGGAGCUCCCUGGGAAUCCUCACACGCAGCAGAGUACUCACCAGGGCCGGAGGCUUGACAGAACCCAUUCCAGUUCCAACGCAGAUGGGACGCAGUACCCAAAACCUUGCUGUGGGUGCUCCUGCAGAAGCCAGGGACAUGAGCACCAUGCUGCAAAUGCAGGUACACUUCGAUUUGGCUGCCAGCGACCAGCCUCGUGUCCCCUGAGUCCUGUAGGCCAGACCCACUACCAGCACCCUUACUAUCAGGGACUACCUUGA